GCCUAAGGGAUUGCAGGAACGGAAAAGAAGCCUGACAGGAAAACUUUGGGCUCUGCAGCCUCGAGUUCGAAGUACCUACCAGAAGUUGAUAUUUUCCAGUAUUUUCAAUGCGGAGAUGUUCUUGGAAAUCAUCGAAGAGAACCAUUCAAAAGGCUUGUAUAGUUCAGCAUAUCGUCAAAUCUGAUGUACAUUUGAUUCCAUUAGAGAAAUAUGUUUUUUCGUAUUGUCACGAGCGUGGGACAAAGAAAAAGUUCUGAGUCUCCAUGAGGAAUCGAACCUCAGACCUUCGGAUUCCGCGCUCCGAUGCUCUAACACUGAGCCACAGAGACUCCACGGAAGCGUCGGUAGACCAGAUUAGAUCCCUUCUUUGGGACAACGAACGUGAGCCAGUUGAUGAAGAAGAAAAAGUGAAAACUUUUCUGAAGAAGGUGACCGAAGGAGCUGAUCGAGGUGGCCUUAAGAGCAAUGCUCGACUUUUAGAACUAGUGAAAAAUGCACUGCAGCAUUGGUUGCCUGCCCAAGAAGAGUUCGAUAAGUUUGUCAGUGACAAACAGGAGCCUAAACCAAAGAGCUAUGUAGCAGCUGCUCUUGUGAAGCAAAAAAGCAAAGAAGAUUCAGAGCAGGAGAAUUCAAGCGACGCCAGAGAUCCUUCAGUGGAGGAAGAGGAGCGUCUUCUUGCUUUGGAUAAAGACAUCUAUGAUGAAGAAGACGAAACAAUCGCCCAAGAUGUUGCCAAUGAAAACCAGGAAAGUCAAGAUUCAUAUUGUGGAACAGGGGAGCGCAAGCUAGUUUGUCUCGAUGAAACAAAGGUGAUUCCUCAUCUAAAUCUCUUGAAUGAAGUCAAAGUGUGGGAUCUUGGGAAAGAGGAAAGAGUCCAGCUUGUGUAUGUUUUGCAAAGCAAGUUCUACAAGAAAGCCUGUUCUGAGUUCCUUGAAGUGAGCAGGUUGUACACAGAGAUACAUCAACAACUUAAAGAACUGAGAAAUCAGUAUGACAUUGAAGUGAUGAAAAAAUGUCACGUUAUUGGAAUGACAGUGACUGGAGCGACUAUGAGGGCAAAUCUGUUGGCUGACAUUAAACCGUCUGUCAUGAUAGUGGAGGAAGCCGCCGAAAUCCUCGAAGCACAGCUUGUAGCUGUCAUUCCACCCUCUGUUCAACACCUCAUUAUGAUCGGUGAUCAUAAACAAUUAAGGCCAAUGGUCCAUUUCCACCGACUCAAAAAAGAUCAUAAUCUUGAUCUCUCCCUUUUCGAGAGGCUUAUCAACUGCAAGCUGCCAUACAUACAGCUUGGAUUUCAAUGCAGAAUGAGAGAUGAGAUUGUCGAUCUGCUGCGGGAGCUCAAGAUUUAUGAAAACCUACAGACACAAGAUGAGCUUGUAAAAAGCAACCUUCCGCCACCCUGUGUCUCAUCUAGCAUGUAUUUCUGGACUCAUACAUCCCACGAAGAUGAAUCGAAAAAUUCCCACAGCAAGAGAAAUGUUACAGAGGCUAGAAAAAUUACAGAAGUUGCAAAAACAUUUUGUGAGAAGGGGGGAGUCCUACCAUCAAAGAUUACAGUUCUCUGUUCAUAUCGAGGACAGGUCGCCGAAAUAAUGAAGCAUUUCAGACAGGCAGCUGAGUUCGCCCUACUUUCAGGUAUCAAGGUUACAACAAUUGAUAGUUUCCAGGGGCAAGAGAAUGAUAUAAUUCUCAUAUCUCUGGUCCGAAGUAAUAAGGAAGGGAAGAUAGGCUACUUAUCAUCAAUGAAUCGCUUGUGUGUGGCAAUUUCACGAGCACGCUGUGGUCUCUACUUAUUUGGGAAUCAAGUGCACCUGGCAAAUGCUUCUAGGAAAGGUUGGAAGGUUAUUCGUGAAUUUAUGCGGAAGAAGAAAUCUCUAGGUGGAGUAUUCCCGUUUUGCUCGAGUGGAGAUUUCAGAGGGGAUGAGUAUCACGAAAGCCCUCCAAGGAGAGAUGAAAACAGAGGCGACAAAGUAACUAUCUUCGCUGAAAAUGUCUUUGUGGGGGAAGGAGACGGCUCCGUGAAUACAAUGAAUGUUGGUCGAGGGAAUUCCCCUUCGGGGACAACAAAUCCAGGGCGUUUAGAAAUGCCACUUCCAACCUCUGGAAAAACCCCAGUUCAUGAUCCAAAGUCGCCCUUACCUUCACCGGGGUUUCCACCACCGUGUAUGGAAAGAAGUGACAUGGGUGCUAAUUCAAAUGGUGUGCCGCUACAAGGAAAUGAAAAGGAUGAGUUGGUAGUCGUUGAUUCCAGGCCAAAUGAGAUAACAGGGGUGGAGUCUGAUAAAGACGCAAGACUGCCCGUCCAAGAGGCACCUGCUGCGGAGGAUGCUCUCCUAAGUGAGAUGGAAAAUAUGAAAGAAAGACCACAACAAGAAUCAGGUUUUCCUAAAAAAAGCACAGGACAUCCUCCUGUUGCUGGCGAUGAAUCCUUGUCGUCUGACAAGGAUGCUAGGAGACCUAUGCAAGAAAUGCCAGGGGCGCAAAAAUCUCCUGAAUCGGUCGAGUUUGAAAACAUGAAGGAAAGGCCGGUACAAGAAUCAAAAAGCGUCACUUCUGAUUCGUCAGGUAAAGAGGCGAGAAGACCUACACAAGAGUCACCGGAGAAAUUAUCUCCUGGUUUAAGCAAAGAGGAAAACAUGGAAGAAAAGCCGAUCCAAGAGUUAACAGACGAGAAACGUUCGGAGGAAACAGCUGUGCAGGAAAGCGAAGAAACUCCAAAGAAAGAGGAAGAGUCAAGGGAUCACCCUGUCAGGCAUGUUUACCACGAAGGUGACUUGAAAGAACUCACAAAGGAAACCCUCGCUCAAGAAACGACAAACCAAUCUGGCGAGGAAACAAAAGACCAGAGCCCUGAACAUCAAGUGAAAGAAGGCGAAGACGUUAGACCUCUCAAAGAUGACGAGUGCUCUGACGAAAAACCGCUCAAAGCAAGUACCAGACGUGAGACAGAAAGCAAAGGUAGCCCAGAGGAAGCCUUACCGACUCAAGAGACUAUGGCCGCGGGGAAAGGGCCUUUUGAAGAGACUGAGCCGGAGGUUGGCGUCAAGGGGCAUCCCACGGACUAAAGAGAGAACUAGUUACGGAGCUACCUUGGAUAAUGAUUGAAAGGAACGGUUUUAGGAACAAAAGCUAGCCUACAGUGCAUUCAUAGAAGAUAUCAAGUUGCAUUCAACUUCAAUUUGGCCCUAGCAUUCUUAGUAUGUUAUACGAGUAAAACUUUUAAUUUUUGUUAUUGUAUGAAUGAAGCAAUUUCUACGGAGUUUUUCUCCUGGUGAGUUCUUGUUUGAAUCUCAAUUGCAGUUUGCUCUUGUAAACUACUGUUUUCCACUGAUUGGGACAUAGUGAACGAGCCAUAAUAGAUAUUGCUUCUCUGUAAACCACGUUAGAGGACUACAUCUUGUCAUGUUAUAGAUUGUGCUGUUUCUUGUGCAGACACCAAAACUUCCAUUACGUUUUCUGAAAUAAGAACGGUAAGGUUAUUUUGAACGGGUACGUUCGUAAUUUUCUUAAAAAGGUGAUAGUUCGAUGGUCCUAUGAAGACUCACGUAAUUAAUCCUUUACACUGAGUGAUAUUCGUGAAAUUCUCAAAGAAUUGUCCGGUAUCAUUUUUAGUGUAAAUAAAUUGAAUACACGUCGUUUACACAAAGUUAGACUGAAGCUUAUUAUCUGCAUAUUUUUAUUUUAUAGCAUAACAGUCAUUUUAACUUUAAGUUAAAUAUUUUUGAGUGCUAUGAAUACAGCCAACAAUUUUAAUUAAGUUAUAUUAAAAGAUGUACCGACCGCGUAUUAACCUUCACUCUUGAUCAGCGGUUUUGUUGCUGAACAGGAAAUAAAAUCUUGAACUUGACGAACGAACUGAAGAAACUCGGGCAACUCGGCACAUCUUAUUUCUGGUUCCCAGUCCCCUUCGUUGAGAAGCUGAUCCCAUUUUUCACAAUGAAGGUGAAUAUCCGUCUAAAGGAAAAGAGAGAAGUUCGAUAAUUAAUGAACCCCCUAGUUAACGACGCCGGUAUUAAAGCUGACAAUAAUCAACUCAAUCGAUUAAAAGAAUUCGG